AUGGCCUCUUCGUCUCGCGUAUUCUCCGCUUGCUUACGCACGCUGUCCAGUUUACCUUUCCGACGAUCGUUGCCGGGAAUUCCGUUGAGUUCAAGAUUUUUCAGUGGUAAAUCGGGUUUUGGAUCGCUGAGAUUGAAUACGAAUUUCAGGAAAUUUGAGUGCAGAACAAGAGCGUCAAUGGCUGAGAUUAUAACUCCGAAAAGCAAAGGGAAAGUACAAGUGUUUGAUGCAGAUGAGGAACUGGUGGUGUCACUUGCGAAAUACACAGCCGAUCUAGCGAAUAAAUUCUCCAAAGAGAAAGAUUCCUUUACUGUGGUUUUGUCCGGUGGUUCUCUUAUUAAAUCUCUCAGGAAAUUGGUGGAGCCACCGUUUAUUGAUUCAGUGGAUUGGUCGAAAUGGCAUGUAUUCUGGGUGGAUGAGAGAGUGGUUCCUAAGGAUCAUCCUGAUAGCAAUUACUUUCUUGCUUACAAUGAUUUUCUAUCCAAGAUACCGAUCCCUUCAGGUAAUGUGUAUGCCAUAAAUGAUGCAUUGGCAGCCGAGGCCGCAGCAGAGGAUUACGAAACCUGCCUCAAACAUUUGGUGAAAAGCAAGAUCAUUGAUCAAUCUGAGAUCACCGGAUUUCCUAAAUUUGAUCUUAUGCUAUUGGGCAUGGGUCCAGACGGGCAUGUAGCUUCUCUAUUCCCAAGCCAUCCUCUCGUCCAUGAAAACACGAAAUGGGUUACCUGUAUAAAGGAUUCACCAAAACCCCCUCUCGAGAGAAUAUCCUUCACAUUACCAGUGAUCAACGCAUCUGCAUAUAUUGCACUUGUGGUAGCCGGAGCAAGUAAAGCCAACGCCGUUCAUGCUGCACUGGGUCAUGGUCCGAGUUCUGAUACCUUGCCCGUGCAAAUGGUCUCGCCAGAUGGAGAGAAAACAAAGAAUUUGUACCGCUUUGACUACAUUAUCAAUCUGAGUUACUGUGCUCUCNUCACAUUACCAUUGAUCAACGCAUCUGCAUAUAUUGCACUUGUGGUAGCCGGAGCAAGUAAAGCCAACGCCGUUCACGCUGCACUGGGUCAUGGUCCGAGUUCUGAUACCUUGCCCGUGCAAAUGGUCUCGCCAGAUGGAGAGGUGACAUGGUUUUUAGACAAGGGAGCAGCUUCCAAACUGUAG